AUGGCAAACUUCUUUGAAACCGAGUUUGGCCUCUUCGACCCUUCCUCGAGGUUCGAAUCCGACUACCUCUCCUUCGCCUCCCUCUCCUCUGCCCUCUCCCCCCCACCUCUUGACCCCCACGGGUACGACCCUUCAGAUGGGGCGGCUGGUUUCCUCUCGGACUCCUCAUCGCCUGCCCCGUCCGAUAGCUUUGACUCGUACCCGGGGCUGUUCGAUCCCGCGACUCCUCCAAGUGGCGAUGUCGUUGGAAUCUUUCACACACCACCCAAGAGCGCCGGUUACGAGAGCUCGUCCUUCCUCCAAGCCCAAGGGUCUCCUGAAUCCUCCUACAACACGUUCUCCAAGAUCGACAUGCCCUCAUCCUCCUCAUCCUCCUUCCCUCUCUCCAUCCCUACCGACGAGAUCUUCCUGUCAUCCCCACCCACCGGCAGCUAUUCUUGGGACGAAGCAGCGCCUGUGGCAGCAAGCUCUUCAUUCCAAGCACCCCUUCCCUCGUCGAAACCUUUGCGCGUCGCUUCCAACCCUACACUUGGUCCUUCAAGGAACACUCGCCAUGUCAAGCAUGUCACCUCGAUGCCCGAGCUUCAGGAGCAAGGGCAGGGGUCUCACGAGUGGCUGAACCCUUCUCAGUACUCUGCUGACCCUCAAGGGUUCCAGCAGUUCCCCACGGGUCCUUCAAGCAAAGAAUCAUUAGUCGAGAACUUUGACAGCGUCUUUGGUGACUACGGGUUGAACAAAAACAAUUCGGGAACUACCGGAUUCGAAUUCCAAUCUCCCACAGAUCAGUCAUACUCUUGUGAUAUCCCAACGUACUAUACCGCUCUCCCUCAUAAUGGCGAGACGCAAUGGGGCUUCGGUCCUUCCACCAACAUGCCGGCUCAUGUUGGUCUUUUCCCCGCUUUCGAACUUCCCCAGCAGGUCAUUCACGCGGCUGCGCCUGCGGAGCAAAACACCCUUACGAUAAAUCCUACGGCGGUGAUGAAGGGUGAUGCCGAAGACGAUGCGAGCAGGCCAUGGACCGCGCCUGGUAAGAGUGGCGAAAAAGUUGCGACGCUGAGUGCUCCGAUGUCUGAACCUAUGGCCAAGAGGAGUCUCUCCUCUUCCGGGUACAAGACAUCCAAAUAUACAGCCCCCGUCCGCGACCUUUUCUCCUAUGCCCCCCAUCAACACUCUUCCGGUGAUCGACCGCUCUACACUUGUGAUCCAUCCCCAACAUACUACCGCUCCGCCUCCUCCCAACACCGCCGUGCGAUGCCCAGCACCCCCACCCCUCAACCGAGGGCCGCUAGGGUCAUCAGCGACAUGUUCUCCGCGCCUCAGGAAGGCCAGUUCUCUCGCUAUCCCACGGCUUAUCCUCCCACGCCCAACUCUCCAGCAUUCAGCAUGAUGAGUGCUGUCCCGCCUCUCUUCCCUGCUCCUGUAACUAUGCAGCGCGCCGAGACAACCCCUAUCCCGGCCGCCCAUCAGACCUCAAGGUCUGUGACCCUCAAUCCGUCUUUGCUCUCCGGAAAGUCUACCCGGGCGCACGACGAUGAUGAUGAUGAUGUGGAGCGUAUGAGGCCUCGUAAACGCUCAAGGCGAGUGAGCAUGACCGAGCCUCGAGUGAUGCAGCAUACGCUGCGCCGCACAACCCGACAGAACCAUCCCCGACCACUCUUCGCCUCGCAUCCCCAGAUCCAUCCUCCUCCCAUGGGUAGCUCUGCUCUGCCAACAGCACCUCUCGUGACCGUCCACCCUCCUCCUCAGGUCCACCCGCCCCCCAUUGAAUACGGCUCUGGCGGUGCUCCUUCCACUCCCCGCCGCGUCCACCCUCCUCCUCAUCCUGGUUCUGCUGGCCGACCCAUCGCGCGCCUCCCAUCUCCUCGCAGACAAUCACCCAUUGUCGAACCUCCCACUCCUCUGAUGACAGCACCUACCCCUCGCGGCAAGAGACGCGCCACACCGCCAAAGAAGAGGACUCCCUCAUCUUCUUCCUCGGCUUCCGGUGUUGGUGACCAACAGUUUCGCUUUGGCAAUGCCAUGUUUGUCAACUUUACGUCCGAGGACGCCGAUCUGUUAUUGGCCGGUGUAGCGCCCAGUGGGGCUAUGGCGAAGAAGAAGAGAGAUAGGGAAGCGGCGUUGUUGGAGCAAGAGCAGGAGAGAUAUCGAGUGAAGAGGUCGAGAAGUUAG